AUGGUUAUCAUACUCGAGGAUCCUUCAGAAGUAGUUUCAACCAAAUCGGCAGACAUGGCAGGCUCAGUCCCACAGCAAAAGCCGAGUUCCGUUGUGCUCGAUUUGAAGCUCUCGAACCAUGAUGACGACGGUGAUGAUAAUGGAGGAGCCAAGCUGCGACGCGAAUCGAAGAUCGAACUCGAUCUUUUCACCCCGAGGAACCCGACUAAUUCUUCCCAACAUGAUGGUGAUCAUCAUGACAAAAGCAAGGUUUUCUCAUGCAACUUUUGUAAGAGAGUUUUCUCAACAUCACAAGCCUUAGGGGGACACCAAAACGCCCACAAACAAGAACGUGCCUUAGCCAAAAGGCGCCACCAAGGGCUCAUGGAAGUGAACCCGUCUCGCACUUUUGGCACCCCAAACUUUCCCUACUAUCCAUUUUCGACCUUUCCUUCGAUACCUUUUCAAGGAUCUUACAACAGAUCACCCCUUUCUGUUCGAUACGAAUCAAUGGUUCGUAAACCGACGCAUCCAUGGCCAUCGAUGCCAUCGUCGUUGUCCCAACCGUAUCAUGUUCCCCAUGGUUGGUCUUCAUCUAGGCAAGCCUUAAUGAGUCUUAUACAGCCAAAUUUAAGCUUUAACAAUGGAGGGUUGGGAAUCCCGGGGGCUUCGACUAGUGCAACUCUAGGAUUGGGUCAAGCCAAUGUUGCAAUGAAUAGGGUUUCUGAAGGAAGUGAUAAUCAGUGCAAGGAUGGUGCAGGAAUGGAUUUGUCCCUUAAGCUUUAA